GUCCCCUCCGCUUAGCAAAGAAGAACAAAAGUAAUAAGAGCAUCUCCCAUUCCCAACUAACUGAAUCACCCUUCCCUUUCAAACCAAACUCUUUCGUUUUCUAUUCCUUCAAUUGAUUUAUUUUCUUAACUCCAUCGAUCGCGCUCUCCACUUACAAUGUACAUGAAGAGAAAGAAGUGGAAGUGGUAGGUUGGGAUUAAGCAGUUUGUUUGUGUAUGUGAGCGAUGACGAAGAAGCCGGGGCUGUCGAUGCGCCACGUGCUGUGUUUCGGGUGGAAGCUGGUGAUUCUAGUCUCCGUCGUGCUUUGCGUCUUCGCUUAUCUCCGAAUCCAGCAGUAUUCUCAGUCCACGGCUGCUCUGCCGCGGAAAUCUCGCUCUCUCGCCUACGAUUUCAGCGGCAAUCCUAAGAUGGCGUUCCUGUUUCUCGUUCGGAGAAACUUGCCCCUUGAUUUCCUCUGGGAGAGCUUUUUUGAGAAUGUUGAUAUGGAAAAUUUUUCAAUAUAUAUACAUUCUGAGCCAAAUUUUGUGUUUGAUCAAUCUACAACAAGAUCGGCCAUCUUUUUCGACCGGCAACUGAGAAAAAACAUUAAGGUAGCCUGGGGAGAAGCAAGUAUUAUUCAAGCUGAGAGGAUACUUUUUGAAGAAGCCCUUCAGGAUCCUGCAAAUCAAAGAUUUAUACUUCUAUCAGACAGCUGUGUCCCUCUGUACAACUUCAGCUAUAUCUACCACUAUCUCAUGGGUUCUCCAAGAAGUUUUGUGGACAGCUUUCUUGACAAAAAAGAUGUUCGCUACAAUCCAAAGAUGUCUCCAGCUAUACCAAAGCAGAAAUGGCGGAAAGGAUCGCAGUGGGUCACCUUGAUUCGAAGGCAUGCAGAAGAAGUUGUUGAUGAUGAAAUCGUUUUUCCCAUCUUCAAGAAGUUCUGUAAGAGGCGCCCGCCAGUUGAUGCAAGUAAGGGCAGGAAGAAUCUGAAGCUUCAGAAACAGCACAACUGUAUACCAGAUGAACACUACGUACAGACAUUACUCGCAAUGAAAGAUCUUGAAACUGAACUCGAAAGAAGAACAGUUACCUACACUGUAUGGAACCAAUCCACAACAAACACGGAUAAUGGCGGUUGGCAUCCUUUCACAUUUAGCUACGCAAAUGCAGGAUCAGAACAAAUAAAAAGAAUAAAGGAUAUCGACCACGUAUACUAUGAAACAGAAUACAGGACAGAGUGGUGCAGUAACAAUUCCACAUCUGUUCCCUGUUUUUUAUUCGCAAGGAAAUUUUCUCAAGGAGCUGCUAUGCGCCUUUUGAGUCAAGGAGUAGUCGGUAACUUUGAUGUGUCUGCAUUACUGGAUGCAACACCCUGAUUUUUGGCCUGGAUAUGAUAACUAACUUUAACAUAGGGUGAUAAAAUGUCUCAGAAAGUUUUGCUUACUUUACAUUCAGUUGGAGGCACAAUGCUAUGCUACAUUUAUACAUAGAUAUGUUAUAUAUAUAGAGAGAGAGGCAGAGAGAUGUCCUAGAGCAGUAAAAACAGUUAGAAUAGGCUACUUGUUAGAGAUUAAUACCUCUUUGAGUGUAGAAGAAACAAGUAAUGUAUGAUGUGCAGCCCUUGAUUCAGUUUUAGUAUAAUACUCUUUCCAUCCCAAA